AUGAAAUGCCGAAAGUUCUACAAAUUAAAUUACGGAGAAUGUGAACUUCCUUCAAAAGUGGGUGAUACAAUUGGAUAUCACUCCAGUUGCGCUAAUCGUUUGAAAGCACUUAAACCUCAACAUAGGACGAUCUCAACUACAGCAGAUUUUGAGAUCGUCCUAUAUCGGCCAUUUGUGGUGGAUGAAUUCCGUUGCACCCAUACCGUCCACUUUAGAUGCAAGUAUAGUUGGAAAGUGGAAGAUGGGUCGUACCUUCCUGUGAAUCGAAGUCAGACGAGAUGGUCGGCAAAACAUGUUGCUGUGAAAGCCCUCUUAAAUAAUUUGCCGGAAGUCGUGGAAUCCUUAGAAGAACUUAAGCAAAUUUCUGAUGCUCCGGAAGCAAAGUACGAGGCAGGUAGUCUCUUAAAUGCAAUAAAGAAUUUUAAAUUUAUAUUGAACUUGACGAUUUGGGUAAAUAUUCUCCGCGAAAUCAAUCUAGUGAAUAUUGGAAUUCAAAAGCAAGAUAUAAUUCUUGCGCGUUCUGUCUCUUUAAUGGAUGGCCUGAUGAAAACUUUACAAAAAAUGAGAGAAAAUUCAAUUGAAUAUUGGAUAGAAGAGGCUAAAGAAGUUGCUGGAAAAAUUGUCGUCGAAACUAUUCUGCCAAAUAAACGAAUUCCGAGAUGCAAAAAACAAUUUGACAAGAUGUGUGAUGACGAAUCACGAACACUUCAACCAGUUCAACUUUUUUCUUAA